GGAGACGGAGGGGACGGCUGUGGGACCGUGCCCGGGGGUGCCCCGGCGACACGAGCCGGGGACCGGGUCUGUCUGUCUCCUCCCUCGGUGGGCGGGGCCCGGCCCCUACGCACCGGAGCGCCCCGUGACGUCCCCUCCCCGCUGUCGGGCUCCCUCCGAGAGGCGGUGUCGGUGCCGGGGCGGGCCUCCCGGCACGUUCCGGGGCGGCGGCUUCCGGCGGGGCCAUGCCGCCGUUCGGCGCGGGGCUGCUGGUGCUGACGGCGCCGUUGGCCGCGCUGCCCCGGCGGGCGGCGGCGGCGGUGGCGGCGGCGGCGGGGCUGGUGGCGGGGCCGCUGUACGUGCACCUGCAGCCGGGGCUGCGUCUGGCGACUCCCGCGCCCUGCCCCGCCGCCCCGCCCGCCGGCCCCGCGCUGCUCCGGGCCCUGGACGCGCUCUACGCGGCGGCGGCGCGGCGGGGGCUGGACCUGCGCGUCCUGUUGGCCCCCAGUCGCCGCCUUGCCCGUCCGCCCCGCGUCCUGCUGCUCCCCGCCGCCGAGGCUCCAGGGCCGCCGGGGCCGGUGCAACUCGGCCUGCAGCACCUGGCCGCCGCCGCCUACGGCUGCCCGCCACAGCUGCCCGCGCUGCUGCUGGACGACGCUGAGGAGGACCCCGGGGAGAGUCCUGGGGAGGACCCCGGCGAGGACCUCGACGCAGCCCUUCCCGGCUUUUCCGACGUGGCGGUCGGCGGCACCUUCGACCGCCUGCACGGUGCCCACCGCUUCCUGCUCAGCGCCUGCUGCCUCCUGGCCCAGCGCCGGGUCCUGGCCGGUGUGGCCGACGGCGAUCUUCUUCGCCACAAGGUGCUGGCAGAGCUGAUCGAGCCCUACGAGCUGCGGGCAGCCAAGCUGCGGGAGUUCCUGCAGGACGUGCAGCCCUCGCUGCGCUACGACAUCGUGCCGCUGGCCGACCCCUACGGCCCCUCGGUCACGGACCCCGACCUGCAGUGCUUGGUGGUCAGCGAGGAGACCCGCAGGGGCGGAGAGGCCGUCAACAAGAAGAGGCUUGAAAACGGGCUCCCCAAGCUGGUGCUUUAUGAGAUCCUGUUGAUGAAGGACCCCGAUCACAGCCAGAACGAGGAGGAGAAGAUCAGCUCCUCCAGCCUGCGGCAGAGGCUGCUGGGGACACUGCUGCGGCCCCCACGGCAAAACCGUGCCUUGCCAUCACACCCGUACGUCAUUGGCCUGACUGGAGGGACUGGGAGUGGGAAAACCUCCAUCGCCAGGCUCAUGGGGCACCUGGGAGCAUUCAUCAUCGAUGCUGACAAGCUGGGCCAUGCUGUCUACAGCCCCAGUGGCCCUGCCUACAAGCAGGUGGUGGCCUCCUUUGGGGCAGAAAUCCUGAACCAGGAUGGGACAAUUAACAGGAGAGUCCUUGGGGCCAAAGUGUUUGGAAACCAGGAGAAGCUGAAGAAUCUCACAGACAUUGUGUGGCCUGAGAUAGCCCAGAUGGUCAAGGAGCAGAUCAGGGAGGCAGCUGCUCAAGGUGGAGAAGGCCUGGGACCUCCUGCAGCAGCGCCUGGCCCAGGAGGGCAGCCUGUGAGGGGGUCAUGCUCCUCUACCAUCACUCACCAACCCACGCAGGUGGGAAGGGCUGUGAGGGACCCUGUCCUGGCACUACUCACCCUCAGUGAGCUGUGCCAUGCUGAGGAGGAGCACAGCAUGGGACCAGGGGAACCUUCUGCCCCUUGGAGAGAGGGAGGGACGCUGGUGCCCACCUCUCCCUGUGUGACAGUAAAGAAACUUCUGCCUUUGCGUGUCCAUGUCCUGGUCCUGUCCCGUGUAACCCUGCCCACACCGGCCGACGUGUCUCUGGAGCCACCCGCUCUGCAGGAUGCAGGGGUCCGGGGAACGGGAGUCCUUUCCCUUGCCUUCACCGCCUUGACACACUCGGUGCUGCCGGGAAUCGCAAUGCCCGGGGCCACGGCGCCCCCCUGUGAUGUCAUCGGGUGCACAAAUCCGUCCCGCCCCGCUACCGGCAGCGCAGACCUGAGCGCAGACGCUGCUUAGGGCAGU